AUGAGCUAUUCGUCGGAUCCUCAUGCAAUGGACCAUCAAGAGUCUGGAGUCAAAGGAUCAGAGGUCUUUGUUGGUGGCUUGGCUCCUACAAUAACUGAAGACAAGAUCCGUGAGGUAUUCUCUACUUGUGGGGAAAUUCUGGAAGUACGUUUGAUUAAGGACCCGAAAGGAAACUUAAAGGGAUUUUGCUUUGUACGUUUUGCAACGAAAGAGGCUGCUCAGAAAGCUGUGAAGGAAAAAUCUGGAUUAAUGCUAGAAGGGAGGAAGAUUGGUGUCCUUCCAUCAACAGAGCAGAGUACCUUGUAUUUAGGGAACCUUAACAAAGGUUGGAGUGCUGAUGAAUUUGAUAAAAUUGUGCAUCAGGUUUUUCCGGAUGUUGUAUCAGUCAAUCUUGCAAUGCCAUUUACUAGCGGUGACAAACCUCUUGGUAAAAAGCAACAAAACCGCGGUUUUGCCUUUGUGAAGUUCUCAUCUCAUGCUGCUGCAGCACGUGCAUAUCGGGUUGGUUCCAGACCAGAUUUUCUUCUUGGUGGUAACUUGCAUCCAGUUGUUCAGUGGGCUGAGGAGGAACUUGAAACUGAUCCGAAAGAACUUGCUAAGGUUACAAUUGCGUUUGUUAGAAAUCUUCCAAUCGAUGCUGAUGAGAACUACUUGAGGAAGCUCUUUGAGCCCUUUGGAAAGGUGGACAAUGUGGUGCUGUCCAGGAAGGGGCAGUCCCCCAUUGGGUUUGUUCACUUCACUAGACGAUCGGACCUUGACAAUGCAAUCAGGGAAAGACAUGGAAAAACAGUUCAAGGACCAAAUGGAGGGGCAUCAUUUAUGCUUGAGGUUGAAAUAGCAAGGCCUAUGGACAAAAAAAAGAAAAGAGCUCGUGAGGAUCCCCAAAGCAAACAAUACACUGAGAUUCCGAGUCAUUCCAAACUUCAAAGGAAUGAAGAGGCCUUCAUUCCCUUCGGUGGUCAUAUAUCCAAAGCUCAAAAGGUGAAAUACUUGGAACCAGUUGUUGCUGAUCCAUAUGAAGCUGCUGUAGUCUCAUUACCUGUCGCUGUUAAAGAGCGCUUACUUCGGAUUUUACGGCUUGGUAUUGCUACUCGAUUUGAUAUAGACAUUCAUUGUCUAACCAGUUUACAGGAACUACCUGAAUCUACGGCUAUAUCUGUUCUUGAUCAGUUCAUGUUGUCAGCAGCAGAUAAGCAUAAUAAGGGAGCAUAUCUUGUGGGGUUAAUUUCUAGGCACCAGGUUAGUAACUUGGGACUGAGUCGACUCCCUUUGAGUUUCUCAAGAUUGGGGGAGAUUACUACCAAGGAGUCAGAAUUGACUAACUUCUCUAGUAGAGCUCGUCUGCCAGCUGGUGAUUCUCUUGCCCCGCAUAUAGGCGCGACUGUGGCUAGGUCUGACACUCUUGCAUCUCGCUAUUCCUCAGUAUUUUCUGAUUAUCCUUUAUCAAGUCGAGCAGCUUUGGGACGGGUGAAAGAAACAAGCCCCGUCUCUUUGCACCAAAUACCAGGUUCUUCUCCACCUUAUGGCAAAAUUAAAGUGGAGUCUCAUGCAUCUGCUGUGGAUCAUCAACCUGUCCGCCCUCGGGUUAGAUUUGACCCUUUCACGGGCAAACCUUACAAAUUUGAUCCUUUCACUGGCGAACCAAUUCUUCCUCCAGAAAGUUUACCUCGCCAUUUUGGAAGCCCGUACUGAUUGUCAGCCGAUAGGAGUUUGAUUUUUAUGUUUUGGAGGUGUUAGUUGCUAGCAUUUACUAUGUGAUGGCUAUGAAAGCUGCUUGUACCCUGGUUAUUUAGCAUCUCGAGUAGGAUUCGGAUUCCAUUUUAUGACAAAUGUCCUUGUUAAUUGUGGGAUUACGCCGUUAAAAUUUGUUUUUCAGCACAUCCAGGCUUGUGGGGCUUGAUUUUUUAUUUUUGAUUUUUAUAAUUGAUCCUAAUUUUAGGGGUGCCCCCUGGAUUUUUUUGAAAUAUCAUUGCAUUGCCUUAAUUUGUGGGUGAUUAAUUAUAUUUGUGGGUG